CGGUGGGCCAGAGCUGAGGCGGCGGUGUUGUGUAGCGGGGCUGGGUCUGGGCAGCGGCGGGUCAGAGCACCUGGCCCAGCGUCAGCGGCUCCGGGGCGGGGGCGCCAGCGGCGAAGCCCCCUCCCCGGGGAGGCGGGAUCGAAACAAAGCCGGGGAAUCAUGCAUCAGAAGCUGCUGAAGAGCGCGCACUACAUCGAGCUGGGCAGCUACCAGUACUGGCCGGUCCUGGUGCCCCGCGGCAUUCGCCUCUACACCUACGAACAGAUCCCGGUGUCCCUCAAAGAUAACCCGUACAUCACCGACGGCUACCGGGCCUACCUGCCUUCCAGGCUGUGUAUCAAAAGUCUGUUUAUUUUAUCCAAUGAGACGGUAAACAUCUGGAGUCAUCUGCUGGGUUUCUUCCUCUUCUUCACCCUGGGAAUAUAUGACAUGACAUCCGUGCUGCCGUCGGCAAGUGCGUCCCGAGAAGAUUUUGUAAUUUGCUCCAUUUGUCUUUUCUGCUUCCAGGUUUGUAUGCUUUGCUCAGUGGGCUAUCAUCUCUUUUCCUGUCAUCGGUCAGAGAAAACUUGUCGAAGAUGGAUGGCAUUGGAUUAUGCAGGCAUUUCUAUUGGCAUACUGGGCUGCUAUGUCUCAGGAGUAUUUUACGCCUUUUACUGUAACAAUUACUGGCGUCAAGUAUACUUGAUCACCGUGCUUGCAAUGAUCCUGGCAGUGUUCUUCGCCCAGAUUCAUCCCAAUUACCUCACGCAACAGUGGCAGAGGCUCCGCCCUAUCAUCUUUUGUUCAGUUUCGGGCUAUGGAGUGAUCCCAACUCUUCACUGGGUCUGGCUCAAUGGAGGAAUCAGUGCUCCUAUUGUCCAGGACUUCGCACCCCGAGUGGUUGUGAUGUACGCGAUCGCUCUCCUUGCUCUCCUCUUCUACAUUUCCAAAGUUCCCGAGCGGUACUUUCCAGGACAGCUAAACUACCUCGGAUCAAGCCACCAGAUCUGGCAUGUCCUUGCGGUAGUGAUGUUAUACUGGUGGCACCAGUCGACAGUGUACGUCAUGCAGUACAGGCACAGCAAGCCUUGCCCUGACUAUGCUUCGCACCUGUAAAUUCAGGUAUGGCCACCUGGUGAAUCCAGUCAUUAAGCAAUAUACAGCGGGGAAUUUUAGACCCCAUUAUUUCUAAGGUUCUCAUUUUUUUACUUUUUUUUUUUUUUUUUUGCUUUAUAAAAAUGGAAAAGCAUACUUGGAUCUGUAGUAAGAGCUGUGGUUGAUCCUUGCAACUGUGAUUUGCUGUUUGCACAGAUGGUGAAAAUUUAGAUGCAUUGAGACAUGGAACAACAUUGAGUGGUAGCAGUGGGUAUGAAACUACUCUAAAAACGGGGCUCAUUCUACGUAAGACCAACUCCAUUUUCUUAGGAAGGGCUCCUGUCUGUGUGCUUACUUUAAUAGGAGACAUUUUCACUAAAUGACCAAAUUUGCCUCUUCAAGGCAAGGGUUGUAGCCUGUGCUACUCCAGGCUAAGUAAUCCCAGCCUUCCCAUGCAGCGUGUGAGAGACUGGCCCCGAGGAUUCCCCACAGCCAUUUCUCCUCUCCUUAGGAACAUUCUUUCUUUCUUUCUUCCUUCCUUCCUUCCUUCCUUCCUUCCUUCCUUCCUUCCUUCCUUCCUUUUUUUUUUAGUUUGCUAACAAAAAAAUCUUAAUUUCUCCUUUGAGACAUAGAGAAAGGUGUUGAGAAAAAACAUUUUUAAAAAGAAUAUUAGAUUGGAAACCAGGGGCACGACUGAUCAACACAGUCUGAUGGCUAGAUCAUCAACUACCUAAUUUUAUUCCAAAUAUUAUUUCAUUCCAUAUUAUAACUGGAUUCUUGACAAUGAAUUUUGAUUCGACUUUUCCCAAAGAACUUUCAUCUCUAACUCUAGUCCUAAGAUUCAUGCUGAUGAGCUCAAAACCGUGUGGGUGCUACUUGGAAGGCCAUGAGAGUUGAGUGGCCCUGUCUUGACCUUGUGAAGUGAACCUUAAGCCUUAGAAGUCACGCCCACGUCUCACAUGAUAGUGAUAUUAUUCACCACAGCCCAGCCCUAGGCCUGCUUACACUAGUGCUAACAUUACAUUGACAACUUACCGUACAGAUAAACACCAUGGACUAUUCAUAGCUGAAGCAUGGUCUUGUUAAUAGUAGAUCCUACUGCCCUGUCAGAUAGUGUAACUUCUAUUCCUUGGACUUUUGAAGAGCAUAAAUUAAAUCAUUUAUAGUAUUCAUAAAAUUUCCAUUGUCCACUGAAGCAUAAAGUAUUACCUAUUUCUUAAUAAGUUAACAAGCUGGCAUAUUUUCAGGAAAAUGGAAUUAAAUAAUAUAUAAAAUUUUUCUUGACAAUGAUGCUUAUUCCCUAAAUGCACUUUCUACAUUUGGUAUUAGGAAGAUUGAUAUGCCUCGGUUUAUGCCUCUGCAGAGUGUUUCUUUCUAGUGCAGUGGUUUUGGAGUUCAAGUUUCCCAUGCUGGUAUGUCAGAAGUUUUCUCCUGUGGACUCAGUCAAGGCCACCAUUUCAUGACCGUUGCGUGCUGGAGUGCUCCUUUCAAAGUGUCUGUUGUACCUUAGAUCACAAAUUCAAUUCAUAUGCUCAACUCUAGAUGGUCUGGACAUGACGAAAGUAGGCUAUGUUUUUCAAAUAAUAACCUUGGUUGGAAUAUGUUGUUCUUGAAUACACAUUUUACCAUUUUGGCCAGAAUUAAUAUACUAAGUAGUUUUUAAGUAAAAAAAUGAGGAAAGUCCAGCAAUUUUAAGCAUGGAGCCAUUUUUAUUAUGAACUCAAAAAAAUUUCAAUUCUUUUAAUUUUUUUUUUUUUCUUUUUUCAGACAAGGUCCCACUCUGUAGCCCUGGUGGGCAUGGAACUUGCUAUGUAGACCAGGCUGGCCUUGUACUCAUAGAGAUCCACCUGCCUCUCCCUUCCAAGUGCUGGGAUCUAAGGCAUGUGCCACCAUGUCCAGCCCUCUAAGUUUUACUUUCUUCAAAUGCCUGGUUUCUUUUUGUACAUGCAUUCUGUAAUAACUGCUAUAUGUGUAACACAUAAAAAGAGCAUACUUUGUUUUCCAACAACUAUUCUUUGAAUAGGUCUGAUUGUAAGGACAGUUUUUCUGUGUUCUCUGAAAAUAUUGGAUAUUAUAAAUAAACUAUUGUCCUCAUCUUUUGUCCUUAUAAUGUAUUUAUUAUAAAAGAAUGAAUGACUGUGGAUUGCUGUCAACUAUAAACACUUAUGUAUGUCAGCAUUUAUUGACCAUCUACUGUGUGCAUAACACUACUGAUAAAAAUUUUAUUCACAUUAAAGAAUAUUUGACAACUGCUUACAAAUCUGAGCUUUGUAAUAAUGUAUAUUUUUGUUUUUAUCAGUUUACUAAAAUAGGUAGAAAAUUGUAUUUCCAGCUACAGUAUUUAAAAAGGCCAGUCUUACUUUUACCUGUAAAUAAACUAUAAAAGCUAAGAAGACUUUAAAAGUACACUUUUUAACUCUCUUGCUGUUUUAAAUUAUAAUAAUUUAUAGAGAUACAGUUAUCCUUCUCUAUAAAGCUAUUUUCAAACACCAGGGCACCGCUCAUCUUUUUGGCUUAUACUAGGUGCAGUCGGUAACUGCAUGGCAGUGUGCGUAUGUAAAUAAGUGGGGUUUACUAAAGUGUGCAUAUGUAAAUA